AUGGCAGGCCGACUCAUGCAUUCCAUUAUCCUUCUGGCCGCUUUGGUCCCUGCGAUUCUCGCCGAGGUCACCUGCGGUGGCGGCAAGCUGUGCCCGUCGGACACUCCCUGUUGUUCUCAAUACGGCCAAUGCGGUGUCGGCGCCUACUGUCUUGGAGGCUGUGACCCUGCUCAUUCUUACGGUCUCGAUUCCUGCGUUCCUGCGCCCGUCUGCCAAUCAAAGACCUACACUUUCAACAACCUCGACCGUGUCGUCUCCAACACCAAAUACCUCGGAGAUGCCAGCACCGCUGACUGGGUUUCCUCUGGUCAACCCUUGUCUUACAAUGGUCAAGUCCUCCUGACCAUGGCAGAGGAUACAGUUGGUACAUUGUUGGCAAGCACACACUACGUUUGGUAUGGAAAGACAAGUGCCAAAUUCAGCACUGCCGCUGGUGCUGGUGUGGUGACUGCGUUCAUUCUGCUCGGUGACUCCAAGGACGAAAUUGAUUUCGAAUUUGUCGGUGUUGAGUUGGAAAGUGCUCAAACCAACUUCUACUCUCAGGGUGUGACAAACUAUGACAAUGGCGGCAACACGACUGGUCUCUCCGACGUCCACGAGAACAUGCACGAGUAUGAAAUCGACUGGACCCCAGACACCAUUACGUGGUCAAUCGAUGGCAAGCAAGUCCGUACGCUCGACCGCGAAUCUACCUGGAACGCUACUGCUAAUCGAUACUCUUACCCUCAAACACCCUCCCGAGUGCAGCUGUCUCUCUGGCCUGGUGGUCUCCCAUCCAAUGGCGAAGGUACCAUUGAAUGGGCCGGUGGUCUUGUGCAAUGGGACUCCCCCUACAUGACCAACGGAUAUUAUUAUGCCGCCUUUGAUGAGGUAUCCAUUGAAUGCUACGACCCUCCCACGGGCGCCAAUAUCAAUGGCAGCAAAUCCUACAUCUACACCAGCACCGACAUGACCAACAACACGGUCGAAAUCACCGACGAAAAUACCGUCCUCAAAUCUCUCUUAGGCACCGGUACCAACAUGUCUGCCGACUAUCCUAGCAGUUCGGCCAGUGCAAGUGGUUCGGCCCAGUCAAGUGACGUUGCGACUGUCCCCGGUCUGACAGGGGCUGGACCUGGUACAGACGGCCAACGUAGUGAUAAUGAAACCGAUAGCAGCGGUAGCGACUCAGGAUCCGGAAGCAGCACCGCCAGCAGCACGGGGAGUGCGUCCACCGGCUUUGUACAGGGUGAUGGAGGUGAUUCCAGUGGCGCUGGUCCAGUUGGUGGUAAAAGUGAAUCAGUUCUUCGAGGAAGCUUGUUUGCCGUCGUUGUUGCUCUCGUUGGGCUUUGCGUGUUGUGA